UGGGAGUUGGCGUCCUAAAAUGGCGUCUCUCCUGGACGAUACUUUGUUCGAGACGCGCGGACAAGCGCCGUCGCCCAGCAAAGACUUCUACCAAAUCAUCGUUACUAGGAAGGAGAAGACCUGCUCCCUCAAAUCCUUCUCUCCUGCCUCCAUGAGAUGACAGACAGUUUCUAGGAGAGGUGAGCAAAGAAUGCCAGGCAACCAUUUAUUAUGACACUUAUCCAAGUUUAUGCUCCAACUACUGAUGCAGAAGAAGAGGGGGUUAAUCUGAAGUUGACAAAAUAUGUGAUUUUCAGGUGGUGGAAAAUUUCUCUUCGGAGUGAAUACCGUGAAGCAAGGCCUGGAGAACUCAAAGAAUCUCAUGAAGAUUUCUUGGAUGAUCCCUCCCUCCAAAUUCAAAUAGCCAUUGUGUUUGGAUCAAGCACUCUGGAGCAUAUCUUCAAUCUGUGCAGAGGUAAUUUUGAUUUCCUGGUGCGACUGCCGGAUACAUUGCUUCUGUACAUCAUGUCUUACUUGGAUCUUGAAGACAUUGCAAGGCUUUCCCAAGUAUCACACAGAUUUGAAACGUUAUGCAACUCUGACAAACUAUGGGAAGUGAUUGUGCAAGACUUAUUGGGCACCAUCACUCCAGAAAUGAAGUCCCUGGCACAAGAAAUUGGGUGGAAGCAGUUUUUCUUCACUAACAAGCUUCAGCUGCAAUUACAGCUACGAAGAAGGAAAAAAAAGUCAGCUGGUUCUUCUGGAAGUGUUUCUGAUUAGAUGAGUAUUUUUCCUAAUUAAACAUUUUGAAAAGUGUGGAUUUAUUUUUUUUUAGUAAAAAAUCUGAUCACAAGAUUUGAAUAAAGAUAAGAGGCUGCCUUAAAAUAGG